CAUGGUGCAAUGAAAUCAGGCGAAAGCAAAAAAUUUGACCAUUAUCCUACAGUCUUCUUUUUAUUACUUUUCACAGUACCCGAGAACCUGGAUUGUACGGCUAGAAUACGCACUAGUAAAACCGGUGAGCUGAAACCCAAGAUUCGUACAUUACAGAGUUACAAGGUAUGAACUGGGAGAAGAGAUGAUCCAUGGUCGAAGGACCAGGUAAUCCGCCUUUUCUCCAUACCUGAUAGCUAGAAGCUAGAAAGUAGCCAUUUAUCCUAGCUGAAAAAGCACCCUCCCAGUAUAAAUCAUAAAAUAUUCCCCACAAUAAUCCACGAUAAUCCACGAUAAUCCACAUACACACCAACCCACCACGAUAUUCCCAAAAUUAUCUUACCACCACUAUCUUCCAAUACCACUGACUUCUCCCUCUUCCCAUCACUCCAAUUAUCACCUGCCAGCAUGCGCCCUCUUGCCCAUUCUGGCACCCGCGCGAUUCCGUCGAUCCGACACCAAAUCACCAGAAUCCGAGGCCAGUUCUCCAACUCCUCCAACUCCUCCACAAUCUCCUCAUCGAUGUCGUUGACCAGGCCGUUGCGCCUUCUUCUUCUAGGAGCUCCCGGAUCCGGCAAGGGCACGCAAACGUCCCGUCUUUUGGCCAAAUUUCCGUCCAUCCAUGCCUUAUCUUCAGGCGACAUUCUUCGAAGUCAAGUGGCUUUGGGCACCCAGCUAGGCAAGGAAGCAUCGCAGUACAUCAACAACGGUGGCUUGGUGCCAGACACCACCAUGGUGAGCCUCAUCACUGACCAGUUGAAGCAGUCCCAGUGGCUCAAUAAUCACACCAGCUGGACCCUCGAUGGGUUUCCUAGAACCGCCCAGCAGGCAGUGGCAUUGGACGAGGUGCUAGACAAGUCGGGGGUGGGCAUCAACCUUGUGGUGGAAUUGGACGUGGACCAGAAGGUGAUUUUGGACCGCAUUGAGGCUCGGUGGAUACAUGCUGCUAGCAACAGAAUAUACAACUUGGACUACAACCCACCCAAAGUGCCGUUCAAGGACGACGUGACAGGCGAACCGUUGGUCAAGCGUAAGGAUGAUACCGCAGAGGUGUUCCAGAAACGUCUCGACACCUACAACGACCAGUUGAGGGGAUUGAAGGCAUUCUACAAGGAAAAGGGAGUGUUGCAUACGGUGGCAGGAAAUACCUCCGACAUCAUCUACCCCAAGCUCGAGGAAUUGAUAUUGGAGAAGUUCUCGUAGAUAGACUGCAUACAUAAUAUACCUAGAAGUAGAGGAAAUACUGUGUAAAAUAUUUGACUAGGAAACAGUCGGAAACGGGGCCUCGGGGUCUGAAAAUAUAUUAUGUAUGCGUGGAAUGUGCGGUACUUUCAGGCUACCAAUUGCUCCAGUAAAAAUCCAUGGUAUCUAAGAAAAAUUAACCAAAAAUAAUGGCAUAAUAUACGCGAGACCACCAUUACAUUCUCAGGCAUUAUCUAUGCUGCCUGCAAAUAUUGGUGGAAACGCUAUCUUCCUGUUGACCAACAGACAUGAUAAUUACGCUCUUCAAUUAGCAGAAUUUUUAUGUAGAAACCUGAUUGGUUGGACAUUGGUAAGGCUUACUGCAAUAAUGGCUUCUAAGAGGAAGCCAACCUAGUUCUACUGACCCAAUAUAAGUGCUCUAACUCCCUUGAACGGGUCCAUAUACCUGUAAAAAAUCC